ACAUAUUUUUUCUUUGCGAUCUUUAAGGUUUAACAGUUUGCAACAAUUAUUGGUUAAGCGUUUGGCAACCCUGCUUUGGCAAUUUCCAUUUCGCUUUAGGCUUGGGUAUAUUCUUUCUCUUAUUCCACGCCCAGACAUAUUUCGAAAAUCAACAUGUCUUUUAAUCGUGGAUUAAAAAGAGAUUCCUUCGGGAAUCGAAACUUCAAUAAUCGUGGUAAUAGCGGAGGAGGUGGAGGUAGACCUGGUAAUAUUGGUGGAGGAGGAGGAGGAGGUGGAAUGGGGAACAAUAUGGGUGGCGGUAUGGGUGGAGGAGGAGGAAAUAGCGGUAUGAAUCCUUGGGAAGGUGGAAUGAUGCCUGGAAGAGGAAUUUUACCUACUCCAAAUAAUAAUAUAUCUUUGGCUUCUCCGCAAGCGCAGUUAGCGAUAGCUAGUAAUCUUCUUUCAAAUUUGUUACGUACUCAACAAGAAACGCAACCACAAGUACCAUCUUUACUCAGCCUUGGAAAUAAUUUUUCUGGACCUGGGCCAAACUUUCCAAAUCAACAAAACUUUUCAUCAGGACGAUUUAAUGAUCGUCCAAUAAGACAUCCAGUCAAGAAUCAACGACCUCAACCGUACAAUAAGAUGGGCAAUCGAGCCCGAGAUGGCCCUGCUGGGCGACGUGGCCCAUCUGCACAACAAUCUCGUGCACCCCAGUCUGGCAAUCAACGUAUGAAUGGAAACCAAAAUCAACAUCGCAACGAUAAAUCUUCUAAACCAAUUCCUGCCUCUAAACAAAAUCAGACUGCCAAAAAGGAACAGCAGGACAAUAAGACCUCUGAUAAUGAAAAAGCAGAAGCACCUGUUGUUAAAAGUGAACCUGUGGAAGAAUCUGAAGAUAAAAAACGUGACUGGAAGGAUGAGAAGAAUGAAAUGGAAGAAAUUAAAACAGAUAAGAUAAAUGAUGGAGAAAUAAAAAUUAAAAAUGAAGACGAAGACGAAAGUAAAAUGGAGAAAUCUCCUGGUACUGCUCCUGCUACUACUACUACUACUACUACUACUGCUACUACUUCCGUUAAUGCUACUAAUGCCGCUGUUGCUACUAAUGCAGCUGUCACAGAUGAUACAUCUAAAGAAGCAAAUGCAAAUACCUCAGACAAGGAUUCAAAAGCAACCGGAAAAAAAUCUGAAGCUAGACAUGCAGAGAGCCGUUAUGCGGAAGUACCAAUGAGUCAUAUGUUUUGUUAUAUAUGCAACAAACACAUGUGGGAUGGUUAUUCCUUUGAAAAUCAUUUAAGAGGACGUGCACAUCAAUUAAUGAUGGAAAAAUUGGACGAAUCAUACAAAUUAAAAGUUGAUUUAAUGAGACACGAAUUAAGAGUAGCGGAAGAACAACGUGGACUUAGUUUAAAUAAUUCUAAACGUCGAGGCAAAAAGAUUCCUGUAGAUCUCAAUAUAAGAGAAUAUUGUACGAUGUGCGAUUUAAAUUUUUAUGGAACAUUGUCGACGCAUCGUAAGAGCGAUAAACAUCAACAAUUGAAAACAUUUUUGCAUCCACGUUGUUUCCCAUGUUUAAAAGAAUUUCCAUCUCGUAUAGAGUACGAUGAACAUUGCUUAACGCCAGCUCAUAUGAAAAAUGCUGUACAAUGUGAGGAACAACGUAAGAAUAAAAAGAAAGAAAAACUUGGAAAGGGCGAAGCCGAAGUACGUAAUGCCGAUGAUGAAGAGAAGGACGUUGGUCCUGAUCAAAAAAGUGAAAAGGAAGAUGAACCAGGAGAACAUGAAUAUAUUACUGACAUUACCGAAAAUUUAAAGGAUAAGAAAUUUAAAAUACCUUCUUACAGGCAUUGUCGACAAAAUCAAUUAUCCAUAGGUAAAUCUUUAGUGAAGGAAGUACAAGGAUAUUACUGUGAAAAAUGUCGAAGAUUUAUGUUAUUAUCCGAAGACAUGAACGCUCAUCUUCGUAGUAUAACGCAUUAUAGAAAUUUCGUGCAAGAGGUUAAAUCUUUAACUGCCAAUAUCACAAAUACAGAAUCUAAAGAAACUGAGGAUGUUGAGAUCAAAAGAGAUAAUUCAUCGCAAAAUAGCGAGGAAUAUGAAGGUAAUUGGAAACGUCGUAAAAUUAUCCAUUCCGAGGAUGAAGAUAAUGGUGAAACUAAAGAAACACAAGAUAACAGCAAUGAAAGUUCCUCGGUUCAAAAGAAAACCGACGGUGAUGAAAAAUAUGAUCCAUUGGAAGCUGAUGCAGAAUCUGAGGAAGAUGAGAAUAAUGAAACCAGUGGAAAUAAUGAACAAUCCAUCGAUAAUGCCAUUAACAAUGAACAAGAGAGUAAGAAAACUCCAGCUGAAAAAAUGUGGGCUGACAUAGACAAUGACAAUGAUCUUGAAAUAGGAAAUUUAAUAGACGACGGCGAUGAGAAGGAACAUACGGAGCUUGAAAAAACAACGCCAGUUAGCGUUGAAGUUCCGCACACUCCGCAAAUGAAUAAGUCAUCACGUGGACGUGGAUAUUCACGUGGACGUGGCGGUGGCCCACGUGCACGAAGAUCACGACGAUAAAACGAUAAGAAGGAAAGAAAAGACAAAUAAAAACAAAAUUGACAACAGCUGGAAUUCAUAAGCGUAUUUUUGAAUAUUCUAUUUCUCUUUGGUAAAAAAUUAAAAAAGAAAAAAAAAAAAAGAAAGAAAAUAGUGACAUCGCUCGGAAUAAAACGUAAAACGAAAAAUCGUCUGACAUAUUCUAUAGAAUUCUUGAGAAUUAAAAAAAAAAAAAAAGAGAAAAAAGCAUACUAGAAUUUAAUACAUACUUUUACAACUUAUUAUAUUAUGUAGAAAUACUUUUAAUGAGAUUUUUUUUUCUUCCUCUUUUUUUUUUUCCUUUUUUUUUUUAAUUUUCGAUAUCACACUUAGCGGAACGAACACCAUUCACGGAAUAAAACUUUAUUUUAUUCCGAUAUAACUUUAUACAGUCAUAGAUUAUAUCUGUCCGUCAUAAAGCAUUAAUUUCACAUACAGAUUUGUAUUGUUUUUUAAUAGCUUCAUAUAUAUAUAUAUAUAUGAAUAUAUAUAUAUAUAUAUACACAUACAAUGUAGCAUUAUUAUUAUUAUUAUUAUUAUCAUUAUUAUUAUUAUUAUUAUUAUUAUUAUUAUUAUUAUUAUUAUUAUUAUUAAUACUUAUACUAAUAUUACAUAUAACUCGUCCGUAUUAGAUGCUUAAGAUAGAAAGAAAAAAAGGAGUAUAUAAAAUAUCUCUACAUGCUAUAUUAUAGAUUACUAUUACAAUAUCCGAAAAUAAAACUUUGUAUGUUGGAA